UUUAAAGAUGAUUUUUGCUGUGGUGGAUAUUCUAGAAAUAUCGAUUCAAUUGUUAUGUAUUCUGUUGUUUGGAACGACCGUGAUUAACUGUGUGAGUAAGGGAAGACACAAGGAUGUGAAUGCGAUUGUUCGCGAAACCGAAAGCAAGAAAAUUGUGCCUUGGAGUGAUGCAAAAGUGCAAAUCAAGAAGUUCUUAGGGGAUGGAGCCAGUGGAACAGCCUAUUUGGUGGUGUGGGAAGACAAGGAGGUUGUUAUGAAGGUGACAGGUAUUCACCCACAGUCGAUUUCGGUACUCCACGACGAACUUUUGAUCACGCAGAAGAUUGGCAAAUUGUCAAAAAGUUGCCAUAAUUUUCUGCCAUAUCACGGAUCAAUCGUCAUAAGCGACCUUCCAGCUAAAAUGAUGCGGAAUUCCGAAUGUGUCAACCAUCUUGCGAUUUUUAUGGGUUAUGGUGGAACAGUUUUGGCCGAUUGGAGAACCAGCGACUACAGACGGUGUAUCACAAUUAUGGCUCAAUUGGUUCUGGCUAUGAGGAUUGCCAACGACAAGAUGAAAUUUGUUCAUGGUGACAUCUAUAUGAUGAAUAUUUUAAUUGCUCCAACAACCAAACGAUGGAUCGAAUACAACAUUGAUGGCAAAACAAUUACGAUUCAAACAUUUGGCAUUAUCCCGCAAUUGAUUGACUUUUCGAAAAGUUGGUGUGGAGCCGAUCCGGAGCGUCACGACAUCAGUCGUUUGCACACAGUCGCGAAACGCGUCGGUCAUAGUUUGAACGGAAGUAAAAGGGAUAAAAAGAAAGUCCGGCAAGCUGUUAAAAUGGUGGGAGCGGCCAAAAAUUGGAAAAAUCUAUGUCUUUAUCGCCAAUUAUUCAAGCAAGUCAUUGUACACGAUCAUUAAUGCUCCUCAAAUCAACUUCUCUUUCGGACUUCAGGACUUUACAUGGACUUCUUAUGAACUUUUUUUUCCUCUUUAAUUUAUGAUUUUUCUUUCCAAUCAAUAAAGCUGUGA